CCCCAUGUAAUGUCAAAAAGUAUUUUUUGCAAGUGAAGUGGAUCGAUAUUCGCGUUUUGUGAUUUAUUUUAUGCUUCCCUAAGAAUUAAAAAAAAAAAUCCCUCCAAUGACGAGCAGAGCGUCAGAUGAAAUAGAAAACACCAUAAGAGAAAUGCAGAGGGAUUCAAUCCUUUGGGAUUCCAAGCAUCCCAAAUUUUUCUCCCACAAAAGGACACUUGCAAUAAGACAAUCAGCUAAAAGAAUCGGGAUAAAUAUUCAUAGAUUUGCCGAUAUUAUAAAAUAUAUUAAGCGAGAAUAUUACAAAACGCAAAAGAAGUUGGAAAGUGAUGGAAUGAAUAAGAACAAAAUGUAUUGGAAAUGGUACGAUUAUUGUUCAUUUCUUCAAGAGACGGGAAAUGAUCAAAGUUCAAGGAAAACCUUGAAUACAAAUCAUAGCUUCAAUUUAUCUUCUGACGAUAAUUCCAAUCAAUCUCACUUUGAGAACUUUUCCGCUGCUGUUGAGGGUUUUUCGGGCCCUUCAAAGAGUUCUUUUUACAAUAAAGUACCGCAACCGCAAUCUCACCAGUUGGAUUCAACAACCCUGACAAAUCCUGAAAUCUCUGAAAUGGAUAUAAAACCCGAAGGAAACUAUUUCACUGAAGAACAGUAUCAGUUAUCAGAUAGCGCAGGACAUGUCCUUCCGCGUGAUAUGGAUGGCGAAGUGAUGGAAAGAGAUGCUUCUGACAAGAGAGAAGGUCUGGACAAGAAAUUCCUAAUCAAAGGUGUAUGCUCAGCUGUUGAGUAUCAUUUGUCCAAUGACAGGAUAACUGAAGAUGAUGUUAUUGAAUUUCAUGGAUUUAUAGUUAAAUCAAUGCAUUCAUAUUUCAAAAAUAAAUAUAAAUAAAAUGUGUGCGAAGAUAUAAAAAUAGAACAAUGAAAAGAGUGGAAAAUAAAGUAUUUGAGGCUUUCA